AUGAAGGCGACCCGCAAGGCAUCUCUCAGGCCCGAGAAGAGAGAGAAGAAGCAGAAGCAGGCCAGUCGAACGAACUCCUCCAGCGCCGUGGGAAGGAAAAAGGAGAAGGAACCUGGAGAUGAUGAUGGAGACAGCAGCGAUGACGAUCUCUCGGGGCGUCUGCGCUCGCCGCGCGUCAGCGGCGGUUCCGGCCCGGCACUCACGGCCUCCUACCCCUCCGACAAGAAGGCGAGCGGCGACAACAUGCUUGCCGUCCCAUCACUGUCGCUGUCGAAGAGGAAGCGAACGAUCUCGAGCUGCGGCAGGGGUGAGCUCGCAGGGCAGGAUGAAAUCCAGGAUCGAGGCCUUAACGCGCUGAAGCGAUCGCAGGACGAUUCGGACAUCGUGACGCGUAGCAGGUCGCCGGUCAGUCCUCGCGAAUCGAUGCGCCCCCUCACCAGCCGCGCGCAAGCCGACGAAAUCGAGAGUAGCAGCAGCGACACCGAGUCUCUAGGCGAGGGCGAUCUCUCGAGGGGCAGCUCGGAUGUGGGCGACAUGUCGCACAUCCAUCUGCCUCCGUCAUUCACCGAUCUCAGCCGAGUCGAGCGGGUAAGCGUCAAUGUCGUUCAUCUGCUCUACAACCCGCGCUCGGGCAACAAGGCCGGCGAGAAGGUGAUGCGAAAGGCUCGAAAGCUGCUCGAAGAGAAGUACGGCAAGACGGUGCACGUCACCAAGCUGCAGUACAAGGGUCACGCGGAAGAGCUCUGCGAGACGAUGAGCCUCGACGGCAUCGACAUCCUCUGCAGUGUGGGCGGCGACGGCACCUUCCACGAGUGCACCAACGGCAUCAUGAAGCGCAUGCUCGCCGACGGCGCCGCUCGCAUCCCGCCCAUGGCCCUCAUCGCCGCCGGCACCGGAAACUCGUUCAUGCACGAGCUGGGCUACGCGAAGCUCAAGGACGCCGUGCACCACAUCUGUCGAGGCAUGCACGUCCCGAUCGAUAUCGGCAAGCUCACCUUUGGCGAUGGCACCAGCUGCUACUCCUUCAACUCCAUGCACUGGGGCAUGGCCUCGAAGGUCGCCGUCACCGCCGAGAAGCUCAGGUGGAUGGGUACCGCGAUUCGCUACACGACGGCUGCCCUGAUCGAGAUGAUGAAGGGCAAGACGGCGCGCGCCAGGAUCACCAUCACCGACGCAGACGACAACGUGAUCACCUACGAUGAGGAGUUUGCGCUGGCCAUCGCGAACAACAUCAUCACGGCUGGCAAGGGCAUGAAGAUGGCGCCGACUGCCAAGCUGGACGACGGCCUCAUCGAUCUGUUGCUCAUCACCACCGCCUCCACGCUGGACAUGAUGACCAUCUUCAGGAAGGUCUACGACGGCUCUCACACGAGUGAAGAGCUUCUCGAUCGUGCCGUAUCGAACCAUCAACGAGGACAAGCGGGAACGGGAGAAGCCGAGCAAGUCGGGCAGCAAGUCGACCGAGCAGCUCUCCAUCCAGCCGGAGGGCAGCAACAGCAGCAGCAGCAAGAAGAAGGCCGGCGGCGACAAGAGCGACAAGGCGGACGCGGCCGAGCAGAAGGCGAACAGGAGAAGGAGAAGGGCGAGGGAGGGCAAGCGAGCGCAGCGGAGGAGUCGGGCAGCAGCGGCCACGGCACCAUUGAGGAGAUCGAGGAGCUGUUGGACGUCGACGGCGAGCUCAAGGGCUGCACGCCCUUCACGUGCGACGUCAUCCCGCGCGCCCUGCGCGUCAUUCUGUAG